AUGGAUCGUCAUCAUCAAGAAAAUCAUGAUCAAAACCUUCUCCCAAAAGUCUUAGUCCUUGAAGCACCACCAGUCUUCAAAUAUCACGAAGACAAACUCUCCCAAAAAUUCCAUUUCUUGAAAGCAUGGGACUCACCCCUUCCUUUAGACCAAUUCUUGACCACUCAGGCACAAUCAGUCCAAGCUAUUCUCGCUCAUGGAACUUGUCUAAUCACCUCCAACACUAUAAAGCUGCUGCCAUCACUGGGCCUUAUUGUCACCACAAGUUCUGGACUCAACCAAAUCGACUUGCAAGAGUGUCGUCGGAGAGGAGUAUCUGUAGCUUAUGCUGGAAGCCUUUUUUCUGAAGAUCUUGCUGAUAUAGCAGUAGGGCUGUUGAUUGAUGUGCUGAGAAAGAUUUCGGCUGGUAAUCGGUAUGUGACGCAAGGUUUGUGGGCUAACAAAGGAGAUUUUCCUUUUGCCUCUAAGUUGGGAGAAAAGAAGAUUGGGAUUGUUGGACUUGGAAGCAUUGGCCUAGAAGUUGCAAAAAGGCUAGAGCCCUUUGGCUGCAAUAUCAUGUACAACUCAAGGAACAAGAAGUCAUCUGUACCAUAUCCAUACUAUCCCAAUGUCUGUGAACUAGCAACUAAUUGUGAUGUCCUCGUGAUUUGUUGUGAAUUAAAUGAUCAAACUCGCCACAUGAUUAGCAAGGAAGUCUUGUUAGCAUUGGGGAAGAAAGGAUUCAUUAUUAAUGUCGGACGUGGGGCUAUUAUAGAUGAGCAAGAAAUGGUGAGGUGCUUGAUGCAAGGAGAGAUUGCAGGUGCUGGAUUGGAUGUGUUUGAGAAUGAGCCUGAUGUUCCUAGGGAGCUCAUUGCAUUAGACAAUGUUGUCCUGUCCCCACAUAGAGCAGCCCACACUGAGGAAACUUUGAUGUCUUUAGUUGAACUUGUGAUAGGGAAUCUGGAAGCUUUCUUUUCAAAUAAACCUUUACUUUCUCCUGUGGUCGAAAUUAAUGAAAAUUCAGAGAAACGCCGGACAAGGAGUGCAAGUGGUAUGGGAUUCAUGGUCAGUCGCAGGAUCAUGGGCUCUGAAACUUGCGAGACUAAGACUACUCCAUUUGUGGAAGGGGUUUUUGACGGAGAAGCUAACAAGGCAAGGAAUCUAAGAAUGAAACUAGUUAGUACAAAUGAGUAUCAAGUUUAUGAUAGUUCACAAAGAAUAUGUGUUAAUUUUAAGACAUCCGAAUGUUCUUGUGGUGAAUAG